ACAAAUAUCAACAAUUAUUAUUAUUACUAAGCUCGGGUCACGAAUAACCGUCUGAGGAUUUUGAGCCAUCUGAUCUUCUUCAUAUGCGAUCCUCACCGUAUAAACUCCCUAUUUACGAUUUUCCAUGGCAGUUCGUCGUCGACCCACGUUCUCAACCACCGUCGGUUGUCUCCUCCAACAAGCAUUCAAUCGGUUAAUCAGCCUCCUUCGAAGAUUGAUUUGGUUAUGGCUUCAACCUCCUCUCAUUACAUCUUUAACCCCCACUUCUCCAUAAUCCCUAAACAUCAGGUAGCUGUAGUAGCUGUAGUAACUGCUCUGCCUAUAUAAGAGGUCGCUUCUUUGAAUGUAUUCGUUAUUCCAUCACUUGAAAUCUAUCUAUUGGUUGAUCAAUCAUGAACGAGAAAUUGGCUUUUCCGUUAGAAGAAAUUUCACCGAAGGUUUCUGAAAUUGCUAAAGAAGAUCAACAAUUCGAAAGGAAAAGAAAAAGGGUUUUAGCUCUAACACAGUGGAAGUGGGAUGAAGUUGUGGACCUCUGUUCAGAUGAUGAUGAGGAGGAGGAUGUCAUACAACCAAAAAAGAAAGUCAGGGUUUGCAUUCACAAUCGAAAUCGACCCAUGAAACUCCUUGAUGAGUCGGAUGUGGAGGCUUGAUGUUUAUAUAAGUUGGUUUUAGUAUGUUUGUGUUAACUCUGUUGAGUUUAGGAUGCUUCGUUUUCAAUAUUAUGUUUAG